AUGUCGACUCCGGUUUGCUCUGGCUCCGCUGGGCGGCAGCUGAUCACUGCAGCAUACCUCCUCGAGCCAGAUCCAUCUCCGGGGCAGAUGGCAUUCUGCACGGUUGGUGACGGUCACUUCAAAAGCUGGACCGUCGAUUUCCCAAAGCAGACGGGCGCUGCCCCGGUCGUCACACAGAAAAAGGGUACCUACGGCAAGUGUGUGGCUGCAAGGAAUCCCACUGACUGGGCAUGGCGAGGAGAAGACGGCUCGGCUUGGAUGGUUGGAGACAGUGGCCACAUCUACUUAGCCAUGAGACACAGCGCUAUGGCUUCAAGACAGCUUGCUCCACCGGCUCAGCCGCAGCAAGGUGCUGCCACUUUGGGUUGCGUGGCCAAACUUCCAGAUGGGCGCUGGAUAGCCGGAGGUCUUGAUGGAACAAUCUUCAUUGGUUCUCAGGGCCUUGAGCUCGAGGAAGCGAUCCGCUUCCCUCAGCUACGAGGACCCGAUGUUCAGGCCUUUUGCAGCACGUCUUCGGCUCGCCUCAACUCUGUUUCGGUGCGAGGGUGCCUGGCUGUUUUCGGAACGGCGAAUCACGCUCUUGUGCUCGUGGACUACACGCGACGUCAGUUGGUGCGGGUGCUACAGGUGGCCCAUGCCGUGGAGGCCUGGGCUCUGGACUUCCACCCAGAACUGGCCAUCCUGGCCACGGGCUCGGCGCGAGGGGAUGUCCGCUUCUGGAACGUCGCCGAUCGGAAGCCUGCAGUGGGCAAGGUGUUGAAGACGGAAUGGGCCGUGUGGUCACUGGCAUUCUUGCCAACGGACGGCUCUCUUAUGGCCCUUGGGCAUGACAAAGGCAUGGUCGAGGUGCUGCGGUUUCCCUCCCUUCAGCCUGCCUUCCGCGAGAGGCUGUCACAUGCAGGUGAGCGCAUCAGCGCCCUGCGCUUCAGCAACUGCGGCGUGUGGCUCGCCGCAGGGUGCUGGGACCAGGAGGUCUACUUGUUGAAGCUGACCGCUGUGGGUGAUGGCAAUGCCGAGGUCCUUCUGCACCGAGUCCUGUCUGGCAACAGCUCAAGCAUCACCACGGUGAUGUUUUCUGCAGAUUCGCAAUAUGUCAUGUCCAGUUCCAAAGAUGCCCAGACCCUCUUCUGGAGCACGAAGGACGGAGCAUCGCAAAGACACUCAUCCAUCUUCCGAGACACCAGGUGGCAGAAGCCAUGGACAUCGGUACUGGGAUGGCACGUCAUUGGCAUCUGGGGCGACCCGAGCUACGACGGGACUGACAUCAACUCGGCCUGUCAAUCCAACGAGCCUUUGGAUGACUUGCUGGCCUUUGGUGAUGACAACGGAUGCGUGAAGCUGAUCCGGUUCCCGAGCCCCUUCACGGACCCUGGGGUGAAGGUCUACAGCGGGCAUGCCAGCCAUGUUACGGCAGUGAAGUUCUCACAGUCCAAUGUGCUCGUAUCGCUGGGUGGAGAUGACCACUCCAUCUGCCAGUGGUCCCUAGUGAAGCCGCGCGGUGUUCCGCAAGAGCAGCCGUCUCUGCAUCCGUGGACGCAGCUGGCGGGGGCUGAUGAGCCUCAGGACCGUUUCGCCUUCCUUGGGCGAGAGCGGGCAGGGUCUCAAAGCGGGCGCGAAAGGCGCGAAACCCAGGAAUCCAAAGAUCUCGCGCGCUUCGCGAGCCCAGCGCCUGGCUCUCCGCAGAGGCCUGUUGCGACGCCGCAAGUGGCUGAUGCAACGAUGCGUCAACCUACAGGCUACUAUCGCAAUCAGAGUCGCGGGGUUGGCGCGGCCCUUCAAUGGUCAUAA